UCAGUUGAAAAUUGCAGGUCCUAAGUUUUAUUUUGAUUUUACGCUAAUAACUCAAGCUUAGAUUAUCUCUUGAAAAUGUCAAUCUGUUAGUUGGCACAAGUCGCUGCAGUAACUUCGACCUUUAAAGAAAAUUAGAAACUGCGAAUUUAAGUUUCAGAAAUCUUGUCCUUGAAAUGUGUAUAGCUAGCUACCUAUACGCACCGGCAAAAAAACUCAGUAUCAAAAUAGAAACUGAAAUAUAAUAAAAGUAAAGUGAAUCUCAUUUAUUUACUAGUUCAGUUCACAGCAUCGAGUUACACAUCAAAAAGUAAAGUUCAUCUUGUCCGACCGCAGAACAGAAAUUGAUUGCAUCAGCACGAAGAGGAAACGUAUACAACAGCAAACAUGUUCGCGAGCAGCAAGACAACAGCGUCACAGCAGCAAUGGGCUCGUACGUUUGCCAGCAUCAAAAGCGCCCAUGACAGUGCAUAUCGGACUAUCGAGCGAGCCAUCAAAUUUGAAGAACAUGAACGUCCGGACCUGGCACUUGCCAGCUAUAAGGAGGGCAUACAAACAAUCGACGAAGCCCUGGCGAUUCCCGUGGAAAUUUCGGACGAUUUCCAAAAGGAUGAAACUUGGCAGUCAGCCGUGCGAAUGAUUCAUAAAAUGAAAUGUACCCGUGGUGAAGUGCUGCAGCGGAUAGGUCAGAUCGCAAGCAAGAUGGAUCAGCAGGAUGCUGUUAGUGACAAAAAUGGUUCAGAAUCAAUCUCGACUGAAGGUCAAGUACUGAGGCCACGGACAUACACCGAAUUGGCGCAAGCAUUGCGUGAGAUGCAGAAUUGUGGGGAUGAAGACAGUGAAAAUAGUAGCUUGGAAUUGUUGUUUUCGUGUGAUGGAGUGAAGAUGUACUACAUCGAACCGGAUGGAGUAGUUUCGAGGGCAUUGGACGAUUCAACUCUACGUAUCGUUAGAAUCGAGAAAGAUGACGUUAGGAGGCUGGAAAGCACCGUUUUCGUACAAGUGAUACCGACUGUCGCUUCGGCAAGAAUUCAUAAUGCUGAAGAACCCUUGCUGGAACGUGCGAUUGAAGCACGAGAGGGGUUUGUCGUCCUUUCCGAGAUCGAAGAGCAACGUGGGGUUGAUCCGUCGUUUAUCUACCCGUUGAUCCCCGGAGUGUCGCCAUGCUACCGAACGGAAUAUGGAGCUUUUAUUAUUCCCGAUUUGAACAGCGAAAAUGGUCGAACAAUUGGGCUCAUCAUUCCUGCCGACGCAGAUGAUGUAGUGUUGGAGAUAUUUGUGGCUUUUCUACAUGGUAUUGUAACUCAACGUGAAGGUUUUAGAACGCAGGGACCAGACUUUCAGUUUGGUGAAUCACGUCCCAGACGUAGUACUAGCGCCAAUGUAUCGGCCAAUAUUAUUAAAGGCGCUUUCUACGUAUCAAAAGGCCUAAUAAAGGGAGCGGAAAAAACCGGCGAAUACAUUGCCUACGGUACACCCUACCUUAUAGCGAAAAUUCGCAAAACUCCUGACGAAGCGCCCGCUCAGGUUCCUAGUAAUGUAAAAACUGGAAUAGAGAUUGCCAAAACCGUGAGCGGAACAGCGGCAAGCGUAACAAGUUAUGUUGCCGGUAAGGUGGGAUCAGCUACGAUGGCAUUAGGACGCUUCCUUGCUCCCCAUAUUCAAAAGCACGGCUCAAACUUGUUAUCCUAUAGCACUGGCAUGACUGAAGAGGACGCUUCGGAAAAAGUUCACGGAGCUCUUACCAUCUGUGCUGGGGCCGUCGAAGGUUUCGGAACAGUUUACAAUGGGUUAGAAAAAUCCGCUUCUAUUUUGGGGACAAGUCUAAGCAACAGCACUGUUCAAAUUGUGCAGCACAAAUACGGCCCGGAGGCCGGUCAAGUGGUCGGAAGUUCGCUGGACACGGUUGGCAAUGUCAUAAACGUAAGCCAGAAUGUGAGCAAUAUGACACCGAAAGGAAUUGCUAAACGAACGGCUAAGAAUGCCGGCAAAGCGCUGGUCGCUGGGUACAGACCACCGAUACCGGAAGUGGAUUUCAACGCAGGAGAAGGUUCUUCCAGAGCUACUAAUGGCGCUAUGGUUGAUACACAACAGCGAGUAGUGCCGGCCGCCGUUCUUUACCCAGAUCUGUCCGCAUUAGCCGAAGAAGUACGCAAAUAGAUUUGGAAUCUCUAUAAGCGUAACCUUAAAGUUGUAAACCAUAACACAAAGGUGAUACCUGUCUGCAUACACUUGAACACAAUAUUUAUAUUUUAAGCAUAAGGAGCUCUCAGAUUUUAAAUAUAAUGUUGUACCUUGGUAUUUUAGAAGGUUUUAUAUGGUUUUGAUAGCAUUAUAAUAUGAUCAGAAAAAAAUGCAGUUAUAACGGUAGUAUUGAUAAUGAAUCUAGAAGAAAAAAUUGAGAGACUUUUAAACAACGACAGAAUUGGGCAGUGUGCGUUAUAAUUGAUCUAUUGGAUGAACCAGCUUGUUUAGAACUAUUUAGGAAACCCAUUAGGUUUCUCAUGUUGUUACUGCAAACAGAAAAUACUCCUCGAAAGGCAGAAUAUUUACGAACCACAGAUAAUCUCUUGAUCUGACCAUUGGAAACUCGAAUCUGACUAUAAAGAUAUUAUAAUAAAACU